AAUGAACCAUUGGCCUUACAUGAAAAGAUUAGGUGCCAAACAAGGAAGUUACAUGUUCUCAGCGAACAGGAAACUCAGCCUCAGUGUAAAAGAAAAAAUCAAAAGCAUACCUAAUAUGUUGAUCACCGGCCUAAAUUGUGGUCUAAGACGUACAGGCAUCAGGCCAUGGCUGAUGAAUGGAUCUGAUCUUGUACACGUGUAACAUAAAGCCACGGGAAAUCUCAUUCGAUGCUAUGCACCUGCCAUCACUCUUAAAUACUGUAGUCUAUCUGCCUCUAGUCAACAAAGACUUUGUUCAUAUACUUGCACUGAAUUGCUGCAGCAGCUCCUAUAUUUUCUGGUGCAUUUUCUCCUUCCUCUGAACAGCGCAAAGCUAGACAAAAAUCAGAGAAAUUCCUGAUGGCAGAGAGUGUCGUUGAAUUCUUGAUAGAAAAUCUAACAGCCCUUCUAACUCAAAAAUUAUCCCUACUAAGAGGAGUACGCAAUGAAGUUGAAGAAAUCAAGUUCGAACUUGAUAGCAUGCGAGCUUUGUUGAAGGAUGCUGAUAGAAGAAAAGAUAGCAAUGAAGGAAUUAAAACUUGGGUGAGGCAAGUAAGAGAUGUUGCAUAUGAUGUAGAGGACAUCAUUGAUGAGUUCGUGUAUCGCAUGGACAGGCCACGAAGAGGUGGACUCAAGAGUUUUCUCCUUGACAUCGUUCACCUCCCCAAGCAUAUCUCCGACAGACGUUGGUUUGCCAUUCGACUUCAAGAAACCAAUCAGAAGGUGCAUAAAACUUUUGAGAGAAGAGAUCGAUUUGGUCUCAAUCAAAUAGAAGAAGCAACAAGCUCUUAUGAUGCUAGCAAAAUGUGGCAACGUGAUGUAGAAACUUCUCUUUCCGAAGAGGAAGAUGACAUUGUGGGGAUGAAAAAAGAAAUAGAAUCGAUAGUCGGAUGGUUAGUGGAGGAGGAACCACGGCGGAUGGUGAUUUCAGUGACGGGGAUGGGUGGGUUGGGCAAGACCGUUCUUGUCACUAAAGCCUACAAGAACCAAAAUGUAAAGAAGCUCUUCGACUGCUGCGCAUGUGUUUCAAUCUCACAGACUCUAAGAAUUGAUGAUAUACUACGAAGCAUCCUAAAACAAUUCUUUGAGGCUAAAAAUGAGGUUGUUCCAAAUGACCUAACCACCAUGGAUACUGGCGAGUUAAAGCGGAAGGUUAAAGGACAUCUCCAAUCGAAAAAGUAUCUCAUUGUCUUGGAUGAUGUCUGGAGUGUGCAUGACUGGAAUGAACUAACUUCCAUAUUUCCAGAUUGUAGAUGUGGAAGUAGAUUAGUAGUUACGACGAGAAACACUGAUGUGGCUUCUGCAAAGGGAAAGGGAACCCAUCUCUGCCCACUUCGGCCUCUAAAUCAAGAAGAGGCUUGGGAGCUCUUCUGUAAGAAGGCAUUCCAGAAUGAACCUUAUCCUUCAGAGCUCGAGCAAUUGGCUCAAUCCAUAGUAGAAAAAUGUGAAGGAUUGCCACUUGCAAUUGUUGCCAUUGGAAGUCUCCUAUCACGUAGAGAUAAGACCGAAUGGGAAUGGAACCGAGUCUACAAUAAUCUCAGUUGGCAGUGGAGAAACAAUGAAAUACUUGAACCAAUAAAGCGCAUAUUGUUGCUUAGCUUCUACUAUUUACCAUACCGCCUUAAGCAUUGUUUCAUGUAUUGUUGUAUGUUUCCAGAGGAUUACUUUAUUUACCGCAAGAAGCUGAUAAAGUUGUGGGUUGCAGAGGGUUUUGUGCAAGAUACAGGUAAAUUUACAAUGGAGGAAGCGGCAGAAGACUCCUUGAAGGAACUCAUCCAUCGUAACUUACUUCAGCUUGCUGAGAAGAAUGAAUUUGGAAGGGUGAGAGCUUGUCGAAUGCACGAUAUUGUACGUGAACUGGCCUUAUCCUUAUGUACUGAAGAAAAUUUCUGCAUGACAUACAAUGAGCAGCAAGCAAGGCAAGAAGGCAAAGUUCGUCGCAUGUCAAUCCACAAUUCUGGAGAAACUGUUCAAAAGAGCAUGAGUAUGUCACAGCUUCGUUCUCUUGUAGUGUUUGGUGGAAGCUCAUCUUUCUUAUCUUCUCUAAAUACCCUAGCAUCAAGUUUUAUGUUAUUGAGGGUCCUAGAUCUAGAGAGAGUUCCUAUUGAAAGCAUACCGAAUGAAUUCACGAAUCUAUUCAAUUUACGGUAUCUUAACUUGAGGAGUACUAAUGUCAGCGAGCUUCCCAAAUCUUUAGGAAGGCUACAGAACCUGCAAACACUGGAUAUUAGAGACACGAGGAUAAAGAGGUUACCACGUGGGGUUGUGAAACUACAGAAACUACGCCACUUAUUAAGCUACCGAUUUCAUACUGAAAAGAAAUGGAGUUUGGACUACUUCAGUAGCAUCCAAGUUCCUAUAGAAAUAUGUAAUAUAACUAGUGUACAAAGUCUAGAAGAUAUCGAUGCUAAAGAACGCGAGAUUUUUAGACGACUUGGGAACUUAACCCAACUGAGAAGGCUUGGAAUUUCCAAUGUCAGAUCAAUAGAUGGAUCUGAGUUGUGCACUUCAAUUGCAAAGAUGAAAUACCUUGUGCAGUUGAGUGUUAAAGCAAUCAGUGAAGAAGAAGCAAUUAAGUUGGAAGAGCUCUCUCCUAAUCAUCUGCCGCAUUUUCAGAAGAUUCACUUGUGGGGAAGUUUGGAGAAGGUUCCUCCAUGGUUUAAGUACCUUGUUCACCUCACUGAUUUGUCAUUGAAUUGGUCAAAGCUGAGAGAAGAUCCACUUUCAUCACUCCAAGCAUUGCCAAAUCUAGUGCGUCUUUCACUUUGGAAGGCCUAUGAAGGACAGCAGUUGUGUUUUCAAGAUGGAUGGUUACCUAAGCUCAAGAGACUACGUUUAGAGUAUCUGACACAACUAAAUCGAGUAGUGAUCGAGAAGGGAGCAUUGCCAAGCAUCCAAUUUCUUACUCUGUCUACAUGUGGAGAGUUGAAGACGCUCCCAGAAGGGAUUGAAUAUCUCACCGGACUCCAACAGCUCACUUUAAACCAGAUGCCAAUGGAAUUUACAGAGAGGUUGAAGCUAAAAGACGGAAGCGACGAGUACUAUGGAAAGGUGAAGCACAUUCCCUUAAUCGACUGUGGACGCUGGACAGAAGAAGGGUGGGAUUGGCACGAGUUGACUAAUCAUCCAUCCAUUCAUAACCAACCAUUAGGUAAUCCUUCCUUUCCCUUCUCCAUGAAUGUGAAAAUUUAUUUCUUAAAUCCAUGUAUUGGGGGAUUUUUAGUGCAUGAUCCAUUAUAAUUAGUAGGCCCCAUUUGAACUGAGGCAACAGCAUUCGACCUUGUAUCUUAUCAGAUCAAUGGUUGGGAUUAAUGAACAUGACCCAGGCCGUACGGCUAUAUUUUCCCCAAUAGCCGUUGGGAAUUUUAAGGAGUUCGUAAAUCUGUUUUAAUAUGGCUCCAGAUUGAGCUGAGUCAGGGUUUUGUUGAAGUCUCUUGCCACGUUAUUCUUAAUAAUCUAUUAAUUCGGGAGGUUCAGUGCAUGGUCAUCCUUAACAUGGUCCAUUGAACC